AUGGCAGGCCAAGUUUCCGAGUACCCCAAGGGUGACAACUCCAGUGAAAGCACCGCCGGUAUCCAUUCUUCGUCGCCAUAUCCUCCUGAUACUAGUUGUGUCCUUGAGGUUCCAGGCAACCUCUUUGAUGCACCUGCUGGGUCGGGGUUGAUUCAUGCCUGUAACGGUAUGGGUGCAUGGGGUGCUGGGAUUGCUCGCACGUUCCGACAGAGAUAUCCCCAAGCGUACCAAUAUUACCGCUCCCACUGCCAGAGCUACAUUGACUAUCCGGAACGAAACAGCAUCAUCAACCUCCAAACCGGCGAUGACAGGCGCAUCUCCGUGUGGAAACCACUGGGCACGGCGCUGCUGAUUCCUCCCCAGGAUUCCGAAAGACACUGGAUUAUCUGUCUCCUCACCUCACGCGGAUUUGGAACGCGCAUCGGUUCUCCCGACCUAAUUGCAAAUAGCACCUAUGCUGCUCUCAAGGAUCUGGAGCGGUGGAUGGGAAUCUACCGGGCUCUGCACGAACAUAUCGGUCUUGAUAUGCCUAAUGAUUUGUACGCGUGUCGCUUCAACUCGGGCCGUUUUGAUGUUCCUUGGCAUAGGACUCGGAAUCUUAUUGAGGGCGCGGGUGUGGCUAUGAUUGUUGUUUAUCGUCCUGAGGAUAGGGAGGAUGGGUCUGCGACUCCUCCGAGUUAA